AUGACGUGUUCAUUAGAAAAUGUGUUGUCAGACGCCAAGUCGCUGGUGGAAAGACUUCGCAGCCAUGACAAUGCAGCGGAGGUACUUAUUGAACAGACAACGUCCCUUAACAAGAGGGUGGAGGCCAUGAAACAGGUAAUGCCAAUGUCACUGGUGAUGCAGCUCUUUUGAUUGGUGUUCGAAAGCGUAUACACUUGCCUUUAACUGACCUUUUAUUGAGUUGAACUGAGUUGACUGGAGUUAUGUGUAUCUGUUUGCAGUAUCAGGAGGAGAUUGAAUCGCUGAACCAGGUGGCUCGGCAUCGGCCCCGUUCCAACCUCGUCAUGGGCAUCCAGCAGGAAAACCGGCAGAUCCGUGACCUACAGCAGGAAAACAAAGGUAGAGCAGUGUGUGUGUGAGAGAGAGAGAAUGUGAUAAGCUGAAAAACAAAUGAAGCUACUCUGUUUAUUGGUUUCAUAAUACAGGCAUAUUACCAGUUGAAAAAGUACCAUGUAUGGAUAAAUCCACAAAAAUGUGAGUAUAAUGUGUGUAUCCAUAUCUUCUCUCCCUGCAGAGUUGAGAACAUCCCUGGAGGAACACCAGUCGGCCAUAGAGCUCAUCAUGACUAAAUACAGGGAGCAGGUCUUCAGACUCCUCAUGGCCAGUAAGAAGGACGACCCAGCCAUCGUCACCCAACUAAAGGAGCAGCACUCCACUGUGAGUGACGCACCCUCUACUACUGUCACAUUACACUCAGGAGCUACCCUUUCCUCUUGCAUCCAGGAAGUUCAAAGCAAAUAUUUAAUUGUUUCUAUUCUAUGACUGCAGGAAAUGCAAGCGCACAUAGACAAGAUCAAUGAGAUGGCUACGGUGAUGAGGAAGGCUAUCGAAGUGGACGAGGGGAGGUUGUGUGAAGACGAGGAGAGGAUCAAGCAACUAGAGGUGAGUCUCACAGGUUGUCUGUAUUCUCUGUUUACUAAAAGCAUUGAGUACUACUAUUUCAAACAUACUGUUUUUUUUGGGCAGCUGGAGAACAGUGGUCUUCGUGAGCUGCUAGGGAUCAGUCGAGAGGCCUUCCUAGUUCUGACGAGAGAGGAGGCCUCGGAUAGCACAUCUCUGUCUGCCCUGUUGACCAGCGCCGACAUCAGCCUCUGGAAGAGUUAG